AACCCUGCUUCUUCCUUCCUUUCCAAUCUCUUGUGAUUUUAGGUAGUUCUGCACAGGACAGCAAGCCUUGCCUGACAGCUGGGUGUCCCAAAAUUAGACAGCACCCCCUGCCCACCCCCAGCAAAACACCUGUUGUUGCCACAAUGAUUUGCAUGAUUUCCAAGGCUGCUGUAAUAACAAAGUAAAUCUGCAUAGCACACAGGACUUGACUUCUAGCAGGGAGCCAGACAUUCCCAGGGCUGAUGGAGUGGUCCAGGCAGGCUUGCUGAGCUUGGGUUAGAAGUUGACCCUUGAGUAUGAGUACUCAGAUUCCCUGAAGUGUUCACUCACUCACAGUGCUGGGUACAUCCGAUCCAGGGACUGAUUUUUAAGUAAUCAAGUUGGGUUUGGAUUAGUGUAUUUUUCCUUGUGCACUGCCUGGAGUUCAGGACCUCUGUGUAGUUUUGUUAAUAGAUACCUGUUCCUGAUACAUCCUGGGAUCACCUGGAGGGGGACACCUGGGCUCAAGGUGAGCUGUGCCCAUCACAGGCAUGAGACAUGGCAUCUGUCAAAGUAGCAGUGCGAGUCCGCCCCAUGAACCGCAGGGAGAAAGAUCUGGAGGCUAAAUUUAUUAUUGAAAUGGAAGCAAAGAAAACAAAAAUUAGCAAUGUAAAGAUGCCAGAUGGAGUAACCGGAGAUUCUGGGAGAGACAGGACCAAAACAUUUACCUACGACUUUUCCUACUUUUCGGCCGAUAGUAAAAAUCCAAAUUUUGCUUCUCAAGAAAGGGUUUUUAAGGAUCUCGGAACCGAUGUCCUCAAGUCUGCCUUUGUAGGUUAUAACGCCUGUAUCUUUGCCUAUGGACAGACGGGUUCUGGGAAGUCCUACACCAUGAUGGGAAACCCUGGUGAUUUGGGUCUCAUACCGAGGAUUUGUGAAGGAUUGUUCAGUAGAAUUUCUGAAACCACAAGGUGGGGUGAUGCAUCUUUUCGAACGGAAGUAAGUUACCUGGAAAUUUACAAUGAAAGAGUAAGAGACCUACUGAGAAGAAAGUCUUCCAAAACCUUUAACUUGCGAGUUCGAGAACAUCCAAAAGAGGGACCUUAUGUUGAAGAUCUGUCAAAACAUCUAGUUCAGAAUUAUAGUGACGUUGAAGAAUUAAUGGAUGCUGGGAACAUUAACCGAACAACAGCAGCCACUGGAAUGAAUGAUGUGAGCAGCCGAUCUCAUGCCAUUUUUACCAUCAACUUCACUCAGGCUAAAUUUGACGCUGAAAUGCCGUGUGAAACCGUUAGCAAGAUUCAUUUAGUGGAUCUCGCUGGAAGUGAACGAGCAGAUGCAACCGGUGCCACGGGCGUGCGGCUCAAGGAAGGAGGAAAUAUUAACAAAUCUUUAGUUACUCUGGGAAAUGUAAUUUCUGCCUUAGCUGAUUUAUCUCAGGAUGCAACCAACCACCUUACAAAGAAAAAGCAAGUGUUUGUGCCUUACCGUGACUCCGUCUUGACGUGGCUGUUAAAGGAUAGCCUGGGAGGAAACUCGAAAACCAUAAUGAUAGCCACUAUUUCACCUGCUGAUAUCAAUUAUGGAGAAACCUUAAGUACACUUCGCUAUGCAAAUAGAGCCAAAAACAUCAUCAACAAGCCCACUAUUAAUGAGGAUGCUAAUGUCAAACUAAUUCGGGAGCUUCGAGCUGAGAUCGCUCGCUUGAAAGCAUUGCUCGCUCAGGGGAAUCAGAUUGCACUAUUGGAUUCCCCUACUGCUUUAAGUAUGGAAGAAAAACUCCUGCAGAACGAAGCUAGGGUAAAGGAACUGACGAAGGAAUGGACGAACAAAUGGAACGAAACGCAAAAUAUACUAAAAGAGCAAACGCUGGCUUUAAGGAAGGAGGGGAUUGGCGUUGUUCUAGACUCUGAGCUCCCUCAUCUCAUUGGGAUUGAUGAUGAUCUCCUCAGCACUGGCAUUAUUCUGUAUCACUUGAAGGAGGGGCGUACAUAUGUUGGAAGAGAGGAUGCAGCUGCUGAACAAGAUAUUGUUCUCCAUGGCUUAGAUUUAGAAAGCGAACAUUGCAUCUUCGAAAACCUUAUUGGCACUGUAACUUUAAUACCCCUGAAUGAAGCUCGGUGUUCAGUCAAUGGAGUGCAUGCUCUUGAGCCAACUCAGCUGAAUCAAGGUGCUGUUAUCUUACUUGGAAGGACAAAUAUGUUUCGUUUCAAUCAUCCAAAAGAGGCUGCUAAAUUGAGGGAAAAAAGGAAGAGCGGGCUACUCUCUACCUUCAGUUUAUCGAUGACAGAUCUUUCAAAGUCAUGUGAAAAUCUCUCAACUGUAAUGCUUUACAAUCCUGGACUGGAAUUUGAAAGGCAGCAAAGAGAAGAGUUCGAAAAGCUGGAAAGUAAAAGAAAAUUGAUAAAAGAAAUGGAGGAAAAGCAGAAGUUUGAAAAGGCAGAAUUGGAGAAAAUGCAACAGGAAGUUGAAUCUCAGCGAAAAGAAACAGAGAUUGUUCAGUUGCAAAUCCGUAAACAAGAAGAAAGCUUGAAACGCCGUAGCUUGGACAUUGAAACUAGACUGAAAGACCUGCUGGCUGAAAAAGAGAAAUUUGAAGAAGAAAGAUUAAAGGAGCAACAGGAUUUAGAACUGCAAAAAAAGAAACAGGAAGAAGAAUGUUUUGUAAAAGUUCAAGAAGAGCUAAGUCGGCUUCAGGAACUUCACAAUCAAGAAAAAGCGGAGAAAAUGGAGAUCUUCAAAGAAUUAGAAAAACUGAAAAAAGAGAAGGACGAGCAGUACUCCAAGCUAGAUAUGGAGAAGAAGCGGCUUGAAGAUCAAGAACAAGAACAGCUAAAGCUAGUAAUCCGUCUCGAAGAACAACUCCGUGAAAAACAAGAAAUUAUUCAGUUGCUUAAAAGUGGUGACUUCUUGAGGUUAGAGGAAGAAAUAAAGGUUCUGGAUGAUGUCCGAGAAGAUCUUUUACGUGCCAAAGAAGCAAGAUCAGAAGGUGAUGAAGAUCCAGAUGAUGUUGAAAAAGCAAUAAAUAAGUACACAGAGUUUAAGAAAAUGCAGUUAGAUCAACUUUCAAAUUUGGUGGUUGACUUGAAUCAACAAAGAGAGAGCUUAGAGAAGGACAUUGUUGGAGACCGUGAUGUCCUUAGUAAACUGAGCCUUUCAAAUGCAGACUAUGUAGAUCUUUACAGGAAAGUAGAAGACAGCUCCAUAGACUCAACAUCCUCCAUACCAGAAGAAGCAGAACUGAUUAAGCAAAUGGAGUAUAGACUGCAUUGCAAAGAAAGGCAACUUCUCUACAUAAAACAGAAUCGUUUACCUGCCCUUCAAGAAGAAAAGCAAAGGACAUCUGAGAUUCUGGAUAGUGGUUUACUUGGGCUUGAUAAAACCUUAUUUCAGGUAGAAAAAGAGAUUGAAGAGAAAGCUGAUCAGCUUGCACAAUUUCAAGCCAGUAGUGACCAGUUGCAGCAGCUUCAAGAGACCUUUGAAUUUACAGCAAACAUUGCUCGCCAGGAAGAAAAAGUUCGGAAGAAGGAAAAAGAAAUUAUUGAAUCCAGGGAAAAACAGCACAGGGAGGCUUUAGAACAAGCAGUGGCUAAACUGGAAAGAAGACACUCUGCUCUUCAGCGCCAUUCCACCAUCGAUGUUGAAAUUGAAGAACAAAAGCGCAAACUCGCUGCAAUGGACAGCAGUCAGGAGCAGGCUGGUCUGCAGGCAAGUUUGGAAGCAGAGCAGAAGGCAUUGGAGCAAGACAGGGAAAGGUUAUCUCAUGAAAUUGAACAGUUAAAGCAGAAGAUACACGAUACCGAUCCGCAUCUCAAAAGUCUUUCGGGAUCCAUUGAGGAAAAGCAGACUCCCGCCAACUCUCCUGCAAGCCCAGUUAAAUUUCAGUCGCAUUCACUUCAAUUGACUGAUGACAGAAUACAUGCUUAUAUUGAAGAAGAAGUGCAGAGGCGGCUACAAAAUAUUAAUAUGCAGUGUGAAGACCUCCGGAGCCUUACCCUUUCUUGUUCUUCUGAAAUCGGGAAGGACUGUGAAAUGUUCCUUAAUGGCACUGCCCAAAGAAAACUGAAAUACGAGCGGUUGAUAUCACGUUCAUUGGGAGUUAAUCCAGAUGACCUCACAGAUCCGGUUCGGAUAACAAUCCCUCGUUACGUUCUUUGUGGACAAGGAAAAGAUGAACAUUAUGAGUUUGAAAUCAAGAUUACGGUCUUGGAAGAAACGUGGACCGUGUUCAGACGUUAUAGCCGUUUCCGAGAGAUGCAUAAAACAUUCAAGCUGAAAUACCCGGAGCUUACUGCCUUACAGUUUCCCCCAAAAAAGCUCUUUGGAAACAAGGAUGAACGAGUCAUUGCGGAACGAAGGGCUCAUUUAGAGAAAUACCUCAAAAACUUUUUCUCUGUGAUGCUGAAGUCUCCAAGUUCACCGUUGCAUAUUGAUAAAGUUGGACUAACGCUCUCAAAACACACAAUCUGUGAAUUCUCGCCCUUCUUCAAGAAAGGAGUUUUUGACUACAGCAGUCAUGGUACUGGUUAACGAGGAUAACACGAUACGGGAAAAAAAAUAGAAAAAGUGCCUUUCUUAUUUAUAAACGACCCUAGCUGUUGGGGGAAAACAUAUUGUGUUCUUGUAACAACACCAGGUCUUGAGUAACCCGUAAAUAAAGCACAAUUGUAAGGAAUGCUUUUCAAUAUUAAGUCUUCAAAUGAAGAGGCAGCUUCUCCUAGGCUUCAAAGCAAAUACUUAAUUACUGUUUCAGAAGCAGAGAAAAGUUAGCACCCUAUGGUGGCAUCUACGAUAUGGCUAAUGACUAAUGUACGAAGGAGAAGCUUUAAGUUAAAUGCCUUCCUAUUGUUUAUAAGCUUCCCUCCGAGUGCAAGUUAAAGGCUGCAUAUUAUGAAUCUCAAGAAAGAAGAUGGGAGAAUAUUAAACUAAACCAUCUAAUGUGUUUUUACUAUUGUUUUGUAAUAUGUGUAAUAUUUAUGGGUCUCUUUUGUAAAACGGGAAAUCCUGAUUAUAAAUUCAAUCUUUUUUUUUUUUCACCUGCACUGACAAUUAGAAGUAUUGGCAUGUGUUUUAUAUUUGAAUUAAUUUCUUCUUCGAAGUCUGCCUACACAGGCUUGGAUGCGAUUUCUGAAUAUUUAAAAUAUAUGGUGGUAAUAUUAUAUUUUUCACUUCUGUAAAUUAUGCCUAUUUGCAAAUGUAGACAAUGUGUUACAUAACUGGCACUUAAAUGUUUGUGUAUGUUCAAGUGAUUUUUUUUAAGGUUGAGUGUCUGCUUUUGGGUUCUGACCUAGAGGAAGUUGAUGGUAUCUUAUUGGGCCAGGACCUUAAAACUUGACAUUCGACUUAGCAGAUCCUUAUCUUCAGUUCUGUGUAGAUUGCUAGCACGUCACUAUUAUGCAGACAAAAAUAGCGCGCAUUAAAUUAAUGCUUUGGCCAGAGUUCUAUUUUAUAUGGAGUCUAUUUAAGACCUGCUUUGUAUUACUCAGGACUGAUUAAGCAAUAUACUGCACUUUUCAAUUUGUCAGCUUUUCAGUACAUCUGACAUUGAACUAUAUAGACGUGUUUAUAUAAUAAUUUACUAUGUAAUAAAAGUCUACAUAAAACAUCUAAUUAUCAGAACACUAAAAUGCGUUUAACUCCACUAUAACUAUUGGAUGUGGAUCUAUAUAGUUCUCCGUGAAUUUUACAAGUUGGUUACAAGCACAUUUAGAUAACCUCGUUAAGGCUAUCUAAAGAGUUAGUUACACAAUUUUUACUAUCUUAUCCCCUUCAAACUCAAUAAAGCUUUCAUUCUAUCGUCAUGUAAGAGGUUAAUCGGAAAAUAGAGCACAUUCCACAAUUAAAAAACUUUUAAUAAAGUGGUGGGGGUAUUAAGAUACAUGUUUGCAACAUUCUGAUUAGCAGACAAUGAUGACCGGUAUGGUAAGCAGUAACUACAUUAUACAAGCCGUGUGUGUGUAUACAGAUUCAUUUAAUACCUUAGGAAAAAGACCCUCUGGUUUUAAGAAGAUAUAUGUGUAAGAUUCAUAUUUUAGCGAUGCAGGCACUAAUAAAUUGAUAAUCAGUCAAUAUGGAAUUGACUAGAGAAACACUCUGAAUAUUGACUUUUGACCACCUCCCUCAUUUUGGGCAGCUGUAUUAUAUAGUUUAAUGUUGCUGUUUUAACAUCGUAUUUUACUAUAAGAAGACAUUGUUCAUUGUACGAUACCAGAAUGAAAUACUGCCCAGACACAUUUUUAGCUGUAGUGAUGGUCGAGGACUUUUUCAGUGAAGUGGAAAAACAAUGAGAAAGUCAGCAAGGCUGUUGAUAGAUCUCUAUAAAAGCCCAGUGGCCCUAGGCAUGGGCCAUCAACUCUGGAUAAAUGUGCAUAAAACCUUUUUUUUAAUGCACUUUCUUUUACAGAACAACUAUAUAUCUGCUUGACAUUUUUUGUUAAAAAGCAAUUAAAUGUAUCUAAAAAUAUUGACUCAAGCACAGUUUUACUUAUAUUGAGCAAAUACUGCUUCACUUCGAUGAUUUCUUUCAUUCUAAUUCCAAAGCUAAGCAUUCUGAAUUACAAUCUUGAACCCAUCUGAAAAACCAAGUGAGUGUUUGUUUUUAAGGAAA